ACGGCGAUCCUGUCCCAGCUCGCGGCAUCUGCUCAGAAGGCCAAGGAUCCGCUACAUCUCCUGGGCUCGGGCAGUUCGUCAGAGGAAGGCGCAAAGUUCCCCGGUGUCCGGGGUAUGGCGGCCAGGCAGCUCCUCCGCGAGCAGUUCCAGAAGAACCCUCUCGCAGUGUACCACGGUGUCCGGGAUCGGUUGGCUCAGGCACGGAGAAAGACCUCAGCAUCCGAGCUCGAAGCUCGGGACAUGUUCCUUCACUUCCAGGAGGUGGUCCCGCUGGGCAACUACAAGACACUCACGUACCUCUCGUUCCUGCUGUGCGACAUGUGGGAAGCGAUCGAUCGCAACAACUCCGAGGAGCUGAUGGCGUUGGUGUCUCUGGGUCUCGUGUUCUGCGAACAGGUGGCGAACGAACAGGGCCACACACGGCUUGCAUGGUUGCUCACGUGCAGGGAAGACCCUCCUUUCAGUCAGGUGGAGGCCCGACGCGCUCCACGGAGCGAGGUCCCCCACGGAGCCCUUUCCGAUCCUCGGUGGGUUGCCGCCCAACUGGCCUACCUCAGAGAUGUCGAUCAGAUCCAGGACAGGACCUUCAAGAGUCAGCUGCCUCCCAACAACAGUCAGGCCAACGGCCAAGCAGCCGACGACCAAGGGCCAAAGGGCAAAGGCCGCAGGAGGCUUUCGGGACGGCGCAGGGCGCGCUGGGCGCUCCGGCAGCACCGUCGCAGUUGGACCCGCCUUCUUGUGGCUGCGGGCAACUUUCUUGUGAGUGGCCGCCCCGAGCACCCGACGCUUGCCCCGCCGCCUUUGAGCAGUGCGCAAGCUUUGAUGAUCCAUCAGCUUGAGAAGCAGGUCUCAGUUUGGAUUCGCCUAGGCUCCGGGCCUAGACGCGAACUAGAUCGUGCAGUUCAGAAGUUCUCUUCUCUAGAGGAGCAGCUGAAUGACCUUCGGCAUCGCAGCUCUGCCCUUUAUGCGCAGUUUCAACCGUACAGCAAAAGCACCAAGAGCACAGCUUCUCACGCCGAUGCCUAUGAGCCCGAUGAGCCGGAGUGCCCAUCUUCAUCCAGUACAGGCCCCACGCAGCGUGCGUCGCAACAUUCAGGUUCUAAGUUAGGCCCCUCCUCGGCUUCUUUGCGCAUUGACCCGGAUAGGCUAGUGUUUGACUCGCCCCCCCGAUUUAAUGCUAGCCCCUACCUGGUAGAUCCGCUUUUGAAGAGUGCCUAUCAUGAUCCGUAUGUGUUGCUGCGUCCCGCUUCGCAGUGGCCAAAGACGAAGCGAGCCCGUGUCAUGGCCACUCGUGAGCAGCAGUUCAAACUUUUUCGUAAGUGGGAUAGCGUAGAAUCCCUGUUCUUGCUGCCAGCCGCUUCGUCGGAGGUCAGAUACAGGUUAGUCUCCAAGCUCGAGGCACGCAAGGCUCCGGACAUCAACCGUGCGGACAUCGCACUGUUCGCGCGUGCCGGCCGAAUGUAUGUCCAGGCUGGCCUGCGCACUUCGCCCAAGAAAGCCAUCCGCAAUGCUUACAGAGCCACCGUGUUGGGAGGACAAAUUGAUGGUGAGGCCGGCACGCUGUCAGCUCCGAAGCUGAAGACUACUGUACUGUGUGCACUCACUUUUCAGCUCGCCGUGCUCGGAGUCAGCACAAAAGAGAUUCUGUCCAGCAUCGUUGGCUCCUGGGUGUUUGUCGCAAUGUUCCGCAGGCCUUUUAUGUGUCUCAUCACCGAGCUUUACCAUGAAAUUGCCCGGCACAGAGAUGGUGAGGUUUUUGCCCUAAGCCACGAUGCCAGGCAGGAGCUUUUGCUGCUAACUUUGUUCGCGCCGUGCAUGUCCACGGAUCUCCGAGCACGGCCUUUGGACCGUGUCUUUUGCACAGUUGCAUCCUACCUCGAGCACUUUAGUUUGCCCCCUGGGUUGUUUGACGACUCCCCCGAGAACAUCCCUAGGCUGGGCAUCAAUCUUGAAGUGCAAGCCGGUCUCACUCCAGUUGUACGCCGAAGACGCGACACCCUCUACGCUGAUUUCGUCGCUUGGGUGGAGAGUGAACUGGAGUGCCCUUACGGCAAGAUUUGCUGCUCAGGCCUCUUGCUGGCAACGGCUUUGAUUGGUUAUGGGAAGUUUCUGUUUUAUAGCGGUUCUCCUAGGUAUGUUUUCUCGGAAACAUUGAACUCUGUUUGUGACCGCUUCAAGCAUCACAAAUCGACACUGGCUGGCGCUUGGUCGGUGCUCACACGCUGGCAGGAAGAGGAGCCUUCCUCUCGAGGCAUGGUGGUCCCUGAAGUGCUGUUUCGAGCUGCCAUCUCAUUGAGUCUCCUAUGGGGAUGGCCGUAUUUUACAGCGGCGCUUCUAUUGGGUUUUCAUGGAUUGCUCAGACCCGGGGAGUUUUUGGGUUUGCGUCGACGCGACCUCAUUCUCCCGAGCGACCUCUUGACCACAGCCCCUCUGGCCUACGUGAGGAUUCUGCAUUCGAAAACAAGUCGCUUAAUACAGCGGCAGCAUGCAAAGAUCUCCGACUCCCUGUCAGUGCAGUUUUUGAGCUCUCUUUUCGAGAAUGUACAUUACGAUGCUCCGCUUUUCGGAUGUUCUCCUGCUGUCUUCAGGGCCCGCUGGAACGCAGUGUUCUCUCAUUUGCAUGUGCCGGUGCUGGGAGCAGACGAUGGGGUGACUCCCAAAAGUCUGAGGGGGUCCGGAGCCACCUGGCUCUACCAGCGUACAGAGGACAUUGAAAAAAUCCAGUGGCGCGGAAGAUGGCAGCAGAAGAGGACACUCGAGUUCUAUUUGCAAGAUGUUGCCGGGCAGCUCCUCAUGACUGGAUUGACUCAGAGUCAAC